AUGGCGGCCGAGCAAAGGAAGCUGCUAGAGCAGCUCAUGGGCGGCGGCAUGGCCUCGCGCAGCGCCCAACUCCCGCUCACUGACCCCAAAGUGUGUCGCUCCUACCUCGUCGGCACCUGCCCGCACGACCUCUUCACCAACACCAAAGCCGACUUGGGCGCCUGCCCGCGGGUGCACUCAGAAGCGCUCAAAGCCGAGUACGAGGCGCUGCCGGAAGCCGACAAGAAGAAGUACGGCUUCGAGUACGACUACAUGCGCGACCUGCAGAGCCGCAUCGAGGCGUGCAACCGCAACAUCGACACGCUGCAGCGGCGCCUUGAGAAAACACCCGACGAGGUCCGGCAGACCAACAACCUCCUCAAGGCCAUCUCGGACCUGGGUUCAACCAUCGCCAACGGCUUGCUCGAGGUUGAGAUUCUCGCCGAGACGGGCGAGGUCGCCAAGGCCUACGACGAGUACUACAAGGUGCGGCACGCGCAGGCGGCCAAGGCGGAGCGCGAGCGGGAGCUGAAGGCGCUGAGCGAAACGUCGGGGCCGUCCGGGCAUCAGAAGCUGCAGGUGUGCGACGUGUGCGGCGCGUACUUGAGCAGGCUAGAUAACGACCGGCGGUUGGCGGACCACUUCUUUGGCAAGAUGCACUUGGGCUUCGCGCAGAUGCGCAAGGCGUACGACGCGUUCCCCAAGGAGAUGCGGGGCCGGGCAAGGGGGCCGAUGCCUAUGGGGGCCGGCGAUGAGGACAUGGGUGGGGUACCGACAGGGCCGGGCGGCGGGUUUGGAGAUGGAUGGGGUAAGGGUCCGAGAGGGAGAAGCGGGGGUUUCCGGCCGCGCGGACCGAGAAGGGCAUGGUAA